AUGAGGAACCCAAGGAAGAAGGGUGUUGGCCAGAAGCAUGUAGAUGUCAUGGUGGGUGAGACUGUAAGCCUGGAGGACCCACUGGAGUUCCUGAAUAUGCGUAGUGGGAUCAGUCAUGAACGAGCCCAAUCUCUUCUCAAGCUGGCCUGGGCCCUGAUGGACCUGAGCAACGAGGUGGCCCGGGGUCGGGUGUGGCCAGGGCAGCUCUCCAGCCCAGCACCACAGGGUCAGGAGCAGGUCUGUCCAGGCGAGGACCAGGGUCCACUGUGCAGGAAAGCAAGGCCGCAGCUGGUGGGACGGGAACCCCACAGCCGGCGGCCGCCUUCCCCAGGCUCUGGAGCCAGGCGGAGCCAUGACUCAGCCGGCCGCCCCGCCCCCGCCCCUCCCUCCUCCCUCCCGGUCCUGGUCCUGCCCGCGGCCGAGGAAGACGGCCCUCCUCUGCUGACCGUCCAGGCCCCACCCUUAUCGUGGCCCUCGCUCAGUGGUGCUCCAGGCCGGUGCAGACUGAGGCUGGCCGGUGCCCUGCUGACCCUGCUGCUGCAGGCCUGCCGGGUGACCGCCCAGGACGUUCCGGAGGCCUCGAGGGCCAUCGCCUUCCAAGACUGCCCCGUGGACCUGUUCUUUGUGCUGGACACCUCUGAGAGCGUGGCCCUGAGGCUGAAGCCCUAUGGGGCCCUGGUGGACAAGGUGAAGGCCUUCACCAAGCGCUUCAUCGACAACCUGAGAGACAGGUACUACCGGUGUGACCGCAACCUGGUGUGGAACGCGGGCGCCCUGCACUACAGCGACGAGGUGGAGAUCAUCCGCGGGCUCACGCGCAUGCCCAGCGGGCGCGACGAGCUCAAGGCCAGCGUGGACGCCGUCAAGUACUUCGGCAAGGGCACCUACACCGACUGCGCCAUCAAGAAGGGGCUGGAGGAGCUGCUCAUCGGGGGCUCCCACCUGAAGGAGAACAAGUACCUGAUCGUGGUGACCGACGGGCACCCUCUGGAGGGCUACAAGGAGCCGUGCGGGGGCCUGGAGGAUGCGGUGAACGAGGCAAAGCACCUGGGCAUCAAGGUCUUCUCCGUGGCCAUCACACCCGACCACCUGGAGCCGCGCCUGAGCAUCAUCGCCACGGACCACACGUACCGGCGCAACUUCACGGCGGCAGACUGGGGACAGAGCCGCGGCGCGGAGGAGGCCAUCAGUCAGACCAUCGACACCAUCGUGGACAUGAUAAAAAACAACGUGGAGCAAGUGUGCUGCUCCUUCGAGUGCCAGCCUGCCCGAGGACCGCCAGGGCCCCGGGGCGACCCUGGGUACGAGGGGGAACGAGGCAAGCCAGGCCUACCCGGAGAGAAGGGAGAAGCCGGAGACCCCGGACGACCGGGUGACCUCGGGCCAGUCGGGUACCAGGGGAUGAAGGGAGAAAAAGGGAGCCGCGGGGAGAAGGGCUCCAGGGGACCCAAGGGCUACAAGGGCGAGAAGGGCAAGCGAGGCAUCGACGGGGUGGAUGGCAUGAAGGGGGAGACGGGGUACCCAGGCCUGCCGGGCUGCAAGGGCUCCCCCGGCUUUGAUGGUGCUCAAGGGCCCCCUGGCCCCAAGGGAGAUGCUGGCGCCUUCGGCCUGAAGGGAGAGAAGGGUGCAGCUGGAGCCGAUGGGGAGGCUGGGAGACCCGGGAACUCAGGACCACCCGGAGACGAGGGCCAGCCGGGAGAGCCCGGUCCCCCCGGAGAGAAGGGAGAGGCCGGCGACGAGGGGAACGCAGGACCAGACGGCCCCCCUGGAGAGAGGGGCGGCCCUGGAGAAAGAGGACCUCGGGGGACCCCAGGUGUGCGAGGACCAAGAGGAGACCCGGGCGAAGCUGGACCCCAAGGCGACCAAGGAAGAGAAGGCCCCGUGGGCGUCCCCGGAGACCCGGGUGAGGCCGGCCCCAUCGGACCCAAGGGAUACCGAGGUGACGAGGGUCCACCAGGGUCUGAGGGUCUCAGAGGAGCCCCAGGACCCGCCGGGCCCCCAGGAGACCCGGGGCUGAUGGGCCAAAGGGGUGAAGACGGCCCCCCUGGCAACGGCACCGAGGGCUUCCCCGGCUUCCCCGGCUAUCCAGGCAGCAGGGGCCCCCCCGGGCUGAAUGGCACAAAAGGCUACCCAGGCCUCAAGGGGGACGAGGGUGAAGCUGGGGACCCUGGAGAGGAUAACAACGACAUCGCACCUCGCGGGGUCAAAGGGGCAAAGGGGCACCGAGGCCCAGAGGGCCCGCAGGGACCUCCAGGAAACACAGGACCACCUGGGCCAGACGAAUGCGAGAUUUUGGACAUCAUCAUGAAAAUGUGCUCCUGCUGCGAAUGCAAGUGCGGCCCCAUCGACAUCCUCUUCGUGCUGGACAGCUCGGAGAGCAUCGGCCUGCAGAACUUUGAGAUUGCCAAGGACUUCAUUAUCAAGGUCAUUGACCGACUGAGCAAGGACGAGCUGGUCAAGUUCGAGCCCGGGCAGUCGCACGCCGGCGUCGUGCAGUACAGCCACAACCAGAUGCAGGAGCACGUGGACCUGCGCAGCCCCCACGUCCGCAACGCCCAGGAGUUCAAGGAAGCCGUCAAGAAGCUGCAGUGGAUGGCAGGCGGCACCUUCACAGGCGAGGCCCUGCAGUACACCCGGGACCGGCUGCUGCCGCCCACCCAGAACAACCGCAUCGCCCUGGUCAUCACCGACGGGCGCUCGGACACCCAGAGGGAUACCACUCCGCUCAGCGUGCUCUGCGGCCCCGACAUCCAGGUGGUCUCCGUGGGCAUCAAGGACGUGUUUGGCUUCGUCGCGAGCUCCGACCAGCUCAAUGUCAUUUCCUGCCAAGGCCUGGCAUCCCCCGGGCGGCCGGGCAUCUCCCUGGAGAAGGAAAACUACGCAGAGCUGCUGGACGAUGCCUUCCUGAAAAACAUCACGGCCCAGAUAUGCAUAGACAAGAAGUGUCCAGACUACACCUGCCCAGUCACGUUCUCCUCCGCUGCCGACAUCACCAUCCUGUUGGACGGCUCGGCCAGCGUGGGCAGCCACAACUUCGACACCACCAAGCGCUUCGCCAAGCGCCUGGCUGAGCGCUUCCUGUCCGCCGGCCGGGAGGACCCUUCACAGGACGUGCGGGUGGCGGUGGUGCAGUACAGCGGCCCUGGCCAGCAGAGGCCGGGGCGGGGUGCCCUGCAGUUCCUGCAGAACUACACAGUGCUGGCCAACGUGGUGGACGGCAUGGACUACUUCAACGAUGCCACCGAUGUCAACGACGCCCUGAGCUACGUCACGCGCUUCUACCGGGAGACCUCGCCGGGAACGGCCAAGAAGAAGGUGCUGCUGUUCUCCGACGGUAACUCGCAGGGGGCCACGGCGGCGGCCAUCGAGAAGGCGGUGCAGGAGGCCCAGCGGGCGGGCAUCGAGGUCUUCGUGGUGGUGGUGGGUCACCAGGUGAACGAGCCCCACAUCCGUGUGCUGGUCACCGGCAAGACUGCUGAGUAUGACGUGGCCUUUGGCGAGCGCCACCUGUUCCGCGUGCCCAGCUACCAGGCCCUGCUACGGGGCGUCUUCCCGCAGACGGUGUCCAGGAAGGUGGCGCAGAGCUAGGGCGCGGGCACUUGGCAGGCCUCCCACCCGCCACCCAGAGCCAGCAGGGAGAGCCAGGACUGUUUCCCUGAGCACCCCACCGGGGAAGGGGACCCCACCUGCCUGCAGAGCGCUUCGCCUGGGCCUCCGCAGCUCCACCGAGCUGCUCUCUGGUCACUCCCUCCCUCCCUCCCUCGGCCUUGCGGGGGGCAGGCGUACUCUCCCCUCCUGGCUGUCGGUCCUGCUUGCCUCCUUCCUCUUUGGGUGGCAGAUGGAGUCUUCCAGUCCUGCAGAAGGUCUUCCUUCAGCCACACCCACCUAGGUCCAGGGAAUCCUGCUCCUCCUUCCUGGGGGAUGUUGGACUGUGACUUCUCUCCGGGAAACCAAGGUUGAGAUUUUCCAGCACAGACCUCGAGGGGUUGGCUCCUAACUGGGGGCCCAUCUGACACUUGCAGACUUGGUUCUGGCCCUCAGGCCUUGAAGCUCAGGACAGGCGGAGGGAGGAUGGCCUGUGCGUGUUCUGAGGACAAAGGUGCUACCCGCAAGGGCCCCGCUGAGGCAGAGCCCGGCUGAGCCGAGGUGUCCCAGGGCCGCCCAGCCUCCCUCCUCGGUGGGGGCUCCCAUGCUACCUGAGCUCCCUAGGUUGGCCUUAUUCUCUCUCCCUGUUGCCCUCAGCCCUGCCAAGCCCAUGAUCUCUGUUAAUAAAGGUCUCCGUCCUCUCUGAUUCCCUGCUGUCCAUCUGUGCUUCACAGGCCUCUGGGCUGCAGAGGUGCUGCCCUUGGUGGGACACCACCAUGGACACUGUGCAGGGUGCCUGGGGAGACGGUGUCCUCGCCACAUCUGCAGGUGGAGGUGGGGAGAGGCCGGGCACCAGGCUCAGGAGCAGACGGGGUCUCCAUGGGCUGGGUGCAACCAGAUCAGCAGUCCCACCCCAGAGGGACCAACGGCAGGCAGGAGUCUGGAAGGGGAUCGGGGUCUGGGGUCGGGGAAGAGGCAGGGCGGAUCCUCCAGUGGGGCCAGGCGGCCACGCUGGCCUCGGCCCUGGGGUGUCUGCACCAGGGGAGGCUAUGCGAGGCGUCCGAGGAAGACAUCUUGAGGAAAGCAAAUGGGAUGAAGUCGAUUUCUGAUCUCCUGGGUUGGUGGCUGCAUUACAAGUUUUGCACAUCAUACCUAAAAAGAGUUUCCUGGAGCUUAGGACUUAUUUUUUCAGAGGAUACAAAGUUCCAGCAUCUCUGUUGCAUUUUUCUUGUUGACUCUGUCUUAGAUUAUUGUGCUAUUACUUAAUUGCUUUGACUGCGUAGAGUCAUAGAAAAGGCAUUGCAAACUUGAGGCUUGUUAUAAAACAUUUCUUCUGGAUUAAGAAAAUCUCUUCCAAUCAUAUAUAUUCAGUUUAAUUAUAUUUUCAAAUUAAAAAUGUAUGUGGUUCUAUGUAAAAAGGAAUAUGACCAUGUUUAAGUGAGGAAGCGUGAUGGAUCACUGUCUUUUAUAGGCUGCUUUAAGAAAAAUGGGACAUUGGAAAGGAAGGAUUCGGAGUCACUGGUCCAGGUCCGUCUUGAGUAAUAACUGUUGAUGUCAUAGAUGGUCUCUCUGCUCAAGAGCAUCGCCCGUCCCUACUAACUACAGACCCAGUUGUAGAAUUCAACUUCUUUCUGUCUCUCCAAGUAACAAAGAUUAACUUUUCCUAUUCAUUGUUCCCCUGAAAGCAAACUAACAAUACACUUGAAUGGUUUUGGCAUCAGAAGGCACAUACCACUACUUUAUCUGUGCUGAGUCAAUUCCAAAUACCACUUUGAACAUAAAAUAUAGGACUGUUUUAUUUGUUACAAAGACCAGUUUAUUGGAAUUAUAAGCCAUUAUAGAUUUAUCAUCAUAGAAAUUUUAAAGUGGCAAAUACCAAACAAAUAUGCUUGUGCCUAUAAGCACGACCAUACACAUAUGACUUCAAAAAAUGCCCCCUAAAGUACAAUAGUAAAGUACUAUACUCAUAUUA